AUGAAUAAAAUAAAUGGACCAAAAAUUGAUGACAUAAGUAUAAGCAUAAGCACAAGCACAAGCAACUGUGAAACACAACUACGAACGCAAAAAAACAAUAAAAACGAAGUCAGAAGAGAAGGGGAUUAUAAGAUGAGUAAAAACUUUAACAUUUCCAAUUACAACUUGGAUUUAAUAAAAUGUUUGCAAAAUGACUCCGGAAUUUACUUUAUAUUAGAUCCAUCCAAAGCCAUCAACGAUAAAAAAAGUUCCGACGUGUAUGAUAUAUUUAUUCCUGAAAACAGUGAUGGUGUUACGUUACAUGUGCAAAAAGUAAAUGAGGAGUAUAAAUGCAUAGGGGUGAGCAUAACGAAGAAGGGCAUUGACAUCAACACUGGCACGCGCAUCUUUAAUACGAAAAUUGCCGACUGGCUGGAGCAGCUCUUUCACUUUAACAAGACCUUAUCAGGGGGGAACCAGCCCAGUGGCAACCAUCCGAAUAGCAACGGGGGUGCAAGCGCGAACGCCGGUAACCUCAGCAGUGGUAAUAUUAGCGGUCACAGCGGUCAUAGCGUCCACAGUGGCAUUAACACGGACAGCCUUAGCAACCGACUGAAACGAGUGAGCAGCAACAACUCUGCCACGGCUGAGAGCAACAGCGUGAACACCUCACCCUCCACAGUCAUAAACAAUUGCAGCAAAGGUGCGAAUGCGGCCAUUAGUGGCCUAAGCGGCAGCGUAAACGGAAGCAGCGUCAGCGGUGGGAACAAGCACGGCACGGGAGGAUACAACAGCGUCAGGCAUAUGUCCCCCCCGGGCAUGCAACAAGGACCAAUCACCAAUCUAGUUAAAAAUCCCAAGAGCAACUUUGACCAUUUUGAAAAUAACGACAAUUACAAUCCUACCAUUUGCAACAAGAAGAGUAAUAAAAUGAUAAACCAGUCCAGCUGCAAUUUAAACCAAAGCAACGGUACCAACAAUGUUGUAACGCAUAUUGUGCCCUCCACCAACUUGUCCUCUUCUACUCAGUCGAAGGACAAUAAUAGUAACAGUAAUAAUAACGCCCCUUCGACUCACCCCCACAUGCAGCAAGUGCAGCACGCCAAACAAAUAAGAUUGAAUCAGAUGAAUGCAACGCAUGCACACAAAUCGCAUUUGCUGCCGUACCACGGUGCGAAUUAUGAGGACAAGAAUAGUAAACUGUACAACAGCGGAGGGGCAAACGUGAGUGGCACCAAUGUGAGUUCGGCCAAUGCCAAUACUGUUAAUAGCAAAAAUGUGCUCAAUGGAACAUCGGCCAACGUGCAGGGGUCGUCCAACCCGAACAGUGAACUCAUGAAGAAUAACAAACUGGGGUGUACGAAUAGGCAGAAAAGUGCCAACCACCAUGUGCAUACCAAUCAUCAGCAUGGUGGUGGUGACUCCUUGUACAACGCGCAGAAUACGCAGAAUGCACAGAAUGCACAGAACACGCAGAACGCACAAAAUGCACACCCGAACAGUAACCACACAUAUAGUAAUCACAAAUCGCAACAGCAGUCAUACAAUGAAAACUUCGGCUACCGGCCAACCUUAUUCAAUUUGCUUGAAGUUCUGGCAAAUCAUAAUAUUACUACGCCAGAUCAGCGUGUGUGCAUAAGGGGGAUAGUAACGGAUUUUCUAAACAACGAAUUGCCUCAUGGGAAGAUUUAUGCAUACAUCGGUGCAGUAGUGGGGCAUGACAUUCUACAUGACAUAAUAAGAAAACUGGAGAAGGAUCCCAAUCGAAAUGUUGUUCCGGAUGCUUCUGGGUUGGCAAGAAUAGAAGCCGCUUUUGGAUUGAGUAAGUCUUCCUAUGACUUUAUGAAUCACACCUCCAACAGCACAAGUGUGAAUAACAUUCCUAACGUUUUAUUUAACCACAGAAAUCUGAAUAGUGCCCUCCUGAAUAAUCACAUUUAUUCGAAUAUCCUCUCUAAUGUAGCUGGCAACAACUUGGCAAAUAAUAAUGCAAAUAACAACAGUAGUAAUAGUGGUAAUAAUAAUAAUGGUGGUUCGAGUGGAGGGGGUGCUGUCAGUGCGAACCCACGCAUGGCCGAUCGGGUCAGUAUGGACAGUGAGAAACUUUUAAGUAACGUUAAAACGCAGGCGGAUUUAAACAACCUGCUUAAGUAUGCCAAGGGGGGUGACAAGUACGCCUUGUCCUGCAACAAUUUGAUUAGCAUGGGUAAGAAGAAGGGUGGUGGUGGUCACCCUGCCAUGAGUAAUAUGUUAAAUAUGCGCUCAGAUGGCGUUUUUAACAAUGGUAUGGCCACCGUUGCAGGGAUGAGCCAGAAAGGGGGUGGACUCACUGCUCAGGAUUAUCUAUGCAUGUCUAGAAAUUUGAACAUGCAGUGUAACCCCCUGAACAACAGGGGAAGCGGUUCGGAUGACGAGGAAGAACUCAUGAAGGUGAUUAAGAAGAACAUUGAAACGUACAAAAUGAACAACAUAAAAAAUAUGCUUAUAUCUUCCGUCUUCGGGAGAAUCAAGUGGCUUAAAAUAAUGAACGAAUCACCACACUCGUACCUCUACGGACAUAGUAUAGUAAAAUUUGGGAAUAAAUUAUACAUGUUCGGGGGGACAAAUAGCAAGCAUAAGAAGGUGCCUUUCAAUCAUACCCUCACCUUUAGUCUCAUUUAUUACAAUUAUAAGUUACUGCCACUUGGGGGAAAUUAUCCCGAAGAGAGAGAUGGGCACACCACGCAUUUAAUCUCCUUAAAGACCGGACUAGCUGUGUUCCUUUUCGGAGGUAGUAACGAGAAUACCUACUUUAAUGAUAUUUACACACUCGAUAUGGAAACGCGGAAAUGGAGCCAGCGAAUUACCAAGGGGAAGAUUCCCCUACCUAGGGAUCAACACUGUUCACUUGUAUACCCAGCUAAGAGUGAACACGUCCGUGGGGAAAAGACCAACCUAACAGAAGGAGUAAUAAUUUUUGGAGGGAAAUGCCUCUACAACAAUAACAUCGUAAACCUGAAUGACAUGUGGAUGUUUUUAUUCCAAAUAAACAUGUGGGUUCGCAUAAAUUACUCCAGUCAAGAAUCACCCAUUGGAAGAUAUGGCAUGAAUUUCGUCUGGUCAGAUACGAAUACGUUAUGCUUAUUUGGUGGAGAGUACUUCGAUUCGAAUAAGAAUUGUCGUGAGAGGAAGUUACUGGACGAUAUGUGGACCUUCCGUCUGAACUCUGCAACGGCGUCGAAUGAAGUUAGCACGGGAGGGGGAGUUACAAGUACCACCCCUCCUACACAUGUUGGUACAGGUGGGGUAGGUAGCCUUAGUUCAUUAGGCAACGUGGGCAACAUCGGUGGUGCGGGUGGCGUACCCACCAGCGGAGGUGCCUGCAGAAAUUUUAUUUAUAAUACCUCCAGUUCGAUAGAAGGGGCGUUCUACAACAACGUCGAUAUAAUGCACGCCGAUUCGUUCAACAAUGGUGGUGGGAAUAAUGGCAUCGGGGUUACUAACGACGGAAGCAACAAGCAGUUUUGUCAGAACAAUUUGGCUACAAGCCAGUCAAUAGAUAAGAGCAGCACUUGUGAAAAUUUAAACAACCUAACGAAUAAUGCAUUGGCAGAGAAUGCCGUCCCAAAUGCAUCCGUCAAUUUAAGUGAAGAAAAAAAUUCGUCAGAUAACGAAAAUGAUCAGUUGAAUAAUCUCCUGAAGAGAAUAAAAAUAAGUGGAGAAUGGAAGAGGGAGAUAUACGAUGGGAAUAUUGGUUGUAGGUCCAACUAUAGUAGUAUUUUCAUAACACAGAGGCAUCAAGACUUUAAAAGCGCAGAACCAAAGACGGUAGAAAAGUUGAUGCUGCUGUGUAGCGGAAUAACCUACAUGGACAAGGAUGAUAAGUUGAAAAUCGUUUCGAGUGACGAAAUUUAUGUCUACUUUUUUUCUCAAAAGAGAUGGUAUCUGCUAAAGGGGAAGUUGUACAAUGAAGAAUUCAUAUAUAAUGCGAGACAGAGACAUGUAGGUUGCUUUUUCGAAUCGAAGAACGUACUUGGGAGAGCCAAUAAGAAUCCCGUUCCUUGUAUAUUCAUCCAAGGGGGGUUUAAAAAAAACUCCAUUUUUGGAGACGCCUGGUUGUUAUCCCUCACAGGGGAUAACCCCCUUAGAAUCCAUGAAUAUGACACAUCGAGGGAGAAAAUAUCCACCACACAGAUGCCACUAUACUACUUUAGGGACACACAUUCGAUUAGCUUAUUAUACAGUUUUUGCACUCUCCAGAAAUGGCUUUUCGGUGCAUUUGCCAAUUUGGUAGACAAUUGUGUGCAUGCUUUAAAUCCAGCCGAAAAUGUUUUUAUAAAAUAUGAGUUGACACCAGAGCAUGACGGGAUGUUAUCCAUUCAGGAUGAUGGGGAGGGUCUCGACUUCAACGCCAUGAAUAGAAUUCUUCGCCUGUAUGGAAACUACCGUAACUAUGAUAGCAACAGCUUGUAUAAUGAAACCGACAUGGGCGCAAGUGUGAAGAAGCACAACUUUCCCAAUACGCAUUUUGUAACCAACAGCCGAAAUGACAGCUCUGAUGAGGAUACCAGUCCAGAUGUUACUACUCGGCAUAAUAACAACGGGGAGGCGACCUCCAAGGGGAACGGUCAAACGGAUGAUAAGUCAGCUACUCCUGAUAAUGCAACAGGGGAGGGCACCCAACAGGAAGGCACAGCAGCGGAUAAUAAUAGUAGUAACCCCACUGUGGAAGGAGCACAGGCGGUGACGAAAAAUACCAAUGAUGUAUCCCCCGAGGGAGCCACCCAAAAGAGGAAGAAAAAAUGCUCCUUCAAUGACCAAUAUUAUCAUAAAAAUUAUGAUCAGGAAUAUUUCUACAACGAAAAUGCAAAUAGCAUUUUUGAUAUAAAAUAUGGGGUCGGGUUUAAAAUGUCAUUCGCUCGUAUCUCCUCCAGUUGUGCAAUCAUGUCCAGGACGAUAAAUACCAUCGGGAUAGGAUUACUUUCCCUUGAAUUAAUGAACCACUGUGAUGCGAAGGAGCUAGCCACACCCCUGUGCAUGUGGAAGUUACCCAAUAAAGAAUUAAUAAAUAGGAAUAUUGCAAACAAAUCGGAGCAUAGACAUCAUCAGAAGCUACUCAUGUCGUAUACACCAUUCAAUAGUCCUAGCUUACUGGCUGAACAGAUUAAUAUCCUUGGCACGUAUAGUGGUACUAGGUUACUAUACUGGGAUUUUAGAGACGAUAUGGAUUUUAUUGUAUUUUCCCCAGCGAAUAAUAACAUCUACCUGAGCAGCUCCCCCCUCAGUAUUGACGAAAUUAAGUGCAGCAAAAAGAAAAGGGGUGCCACAAAUGGGACGGCAAAUGGGGGGGACAAUUCCAGCAAACAACCCUGCAUCGAGGACAUUAAACUGACCAACAGGGAAGUUAAGCGAAAGGCGUAUUCUGAUCAGCAGGACGAAGAAAUGGAAAAACAUAAAAGGAGCAAGGUGGAUCAUGAUGCGGAUCGACUACAUGCUUAUAAUAAUGGGGCGACCACAGAUGGGGAGAAGGACGAACAGGUUGACCAAGUUGGUGAGAAGAACAGCACACCGCUAGUUAAGGAUGAACAGCCGGGUAGUGCAAACGAUAACCUGAAUGAAGACAACGAUAGGAAUAAGAGGCUGGACACAGAGAACAACGAUGGUGCUGUUGCCCCGUGUGCUGACACUGGUGAGGGUACUCCUAAGGAUGGCAGUGAGAACGACGAGGUGAGCGAAAAAUGCCCCAAUGUUGGUACGUCCAAUGAUGCAGAUGCUAACGCAGCAGCGAACCAGAAGGAAGAACCGAAAGAAGGUGAGGAAAAAACAUCAACCACCGCGAAGAGUAGCAAAAGUAGGUAUUACGAAAGUGAGGAAUUUCAACACAGCAAUGACGUUUUAAAGAAGAUGAAUUUGUUCGAAUACAACUCCCAUUUGAACCCGUCCAUAUCGAAGGAAAAGUACAACGUUAGUCCCAUCUUUCCCUUGUGGGAUCAUCCAAAGGAUAGCAUCGACUAUUGCUUGUCUACUUAUUUGUAUUGGCUAUACCUGAGGAGGAGUACUAAUAUUUUUCUCCAAAACACUUUGCUCAUACCGACCUGUAUGAGGAAGGACGAGCACAGUGUGAACGGAGGGGAAGCAGAUGCCACAGGUACCCAAAAGGGGAAGAAGCCUAAGAAGGGAAAGAAACUCAAAAAGGGAGCCACAAAGAAUGGAAAAAGUGGUGCAGAAGUGGAGAAGAAGGAAAAGGCAGAAAAUGCGAAUGAAGUAAAUUCAGCUGUAGCAGUGAAGGAAGAAGGAGGUGAUGACCUACCCGGUAACGACCUAACCACAGACAAAAACGGAGAUGAGAAUACCAACCAGGGUAACAACAACGAUAUGAACGAUGGAAUGAGCAGUGAGAAGGUCCACGUGAAGAGCGAACUACAGGGAGAGGUGCCUGGUAGUAGUAAUAGUAGUAUUAACAAAGUCAGCGUCGACAAUUUAGAGGUCCCUGGAGCAACUGAAGCGAGUAGUAACGGUGACAUAAACGGAUGUAAGGGUAAUACUGGAAAGGGUUCAAAUGAGGGAGAUGGGUCUGGAGGAGUGGAGGGCAACGUCGAGGUUAGUGCCAAGGGGGAUCACAACGAAGAGGAGGAUGACAGCGAAGUGGAUGAAAACGGGUUCACAAAGCUGCAGAAGAAAAAAUUAGAGGAAGCGUUAGAGUAUGGAAUAUCCCAGGAAGUGAAAAAGCGCAAAUACGUGCAUAGGAACGAAACGGAUGAUAGCGCACAGGAGGACGACAACGAUGAGGAGGAGGAGGAAGACGAUGAGGAUGACGAAGAAGAAGAAGAGGAAGGCGAAGCAGAUAAUGCUGAAGGCAAAAAAGACGCCAACGGCACGGAGAAUCCGAACCCUGUGGAGAAUGCAAAACAGGGAGAAGAAACGAACAUUGCCAAUGGGGAAAACAACGCAGAAGCAAAUGUCGGCGAGGCGACUCCAAAUGGGGAACACGCCGGUGACGCGGAAAAUCCAAACAAGCAGCCAGAAACGAAUGACGCACAAGUAAAUGACGCAACCCACGGGGAAAAAGCAGACGGAGCGGAAAAUCAAGAACAACAACAACCCUCCCCAAAACCGACAUUCCCAAAAGAAGGAGGAAAAAGAAUGAAGAAGACAAAAAAUAAAAGAGAAAAAAACGAAAACGUAGUCGGCAGAAGAAGAGGAAAUAUUCACUUCAUGAGUAAUAAUAAUGAUUCGAAAAAUGAAGAAAGUGAAAAAGCAAAAAAAGAAAAUUACGUCAACGUAUAUAUGGAGACGCUAAAAAUAAAAGAUGAGUACUAUAUAAGUAAUACGCAUAAGUAUACCCUUUACAAUUUCUUGAGGAGGAAACUUUACAGAAUGGUGGAGUUCCAUUAUCUGUUCACUCCUUCUGAUUAUGAAUACGGGUCGUUCAUUAUGAUGGGGUUCCUAAACGAUAACACCAGUAGCAGUAUAGAGGUUAAUAGAAUUUGUGAAGCGGGAAUUUUACUCUACUAUAAAAAUAGACUGAUUAAACGGUUGGAUGCGCCGUUUAUAGACACUGCCUACAAUUUGUCCCUUUCGAAAUACCCCCCAAACCCAUCCUUGUAUGAAGGGAAUCUAUACAAGUAUGCCCUGACCGUCAUUGUCAAUGUCCCCAAUUGGCUUAAACCUUCCAUUAGCAAACAAGAAUUUGUUCACGAAAAUAAUUAUGCCUUCCUCCUUUUUAAGAAGAAACUGGUGAGUCUAAUUAAGUACUACCUCUGCAUCUGUGAGGACACGGCUAAACUAACCAAAUGGAGAGAAUCCCGUGACCUUAAGUUGAAAAGGUACCUUGAAAAUAUGCAGUAUAGUAAUAGACCCGCCAAAAAUGAUUCCGACAAUGAGUAUGAGAAGGCCUACAAAAUUGUGUAUACCGAUAAGGGAAAAAACAGAAAUGACCAGGAGGAGGAGGGCGUACCUCAUAAAGAAGAGGAACCGCAAAGGAGGGAACGAGCAACCGCACACUUAGCCAAAUGUGGUGAAGGUAGAACCCACGAGGGAAAGAGAAGGAGGGAAUUGGCCAAUGCGAUGGAAGUGGUAGACGCUGCAAGUGCGGGAAAUGCGGCAGAUGCAUCUACUGGGGAUAAACUCCACGACGGCUGUGACAACUUGAAGGAGGAAGAAGAAGAAGAAGAAGAGGAAGAACCCGCAGAGAAUGACAACCCCGCCGAGGAGGACGAAGAAGCGGCAGAAAAUGAUAUGCCAGCUGAAGAGGAGGAAGGAAGCGAUGGGCACUACGCGCAUAAACAUAAAAAGCAAAAUGAAGAGGAGGAGGUAGAAGAGGGAGAUGAUGAUGAAGAAUAUGUGCCCGAGGAAGAGGAAGAAGAGCAGAGAGACGCCGAUGCAGAGGAGGAGGAAGAACAAAAUGAUGAGGAAGACCAAAUGGAUAACGAAGCGGAGGAUGAUGCAGACGAUGCGGAUGACGCCGAGUACGAUGAAGAGGACGAAAUGAAGGCGAGAAAAAAACAAAAAGUUAGCCACGCAGAAAUGGAUGAUGAGGAGGAAGAAGACGACAAUGGCGAGGAGGACGAUGAGGGGGAUGAUGAAGCAGACGAGGAAGUAGAUGAAGAGGAGGAGGGUGAUAAAGAUGGUGAAGUUGACGAAGAGGAAGAAGAGCAGGAGGAGGAAGAGGAAAAGGAAGAAGAUGAGGAAGAAUACGAUCCAGAGGAGGACGAUGAAGAACACAACGAAAUGGUUAAGGUUGUAGAGGACGAGGAUGAGGAAAAGGAAAACCUCAUCAACUGCCACGAGGACGGAAACGAAAUGGAGGAGGAAAAUUACGAGGACGAGUGGAGCAGCUAA